AUGAAUAGCAGCACUAUUGGAUGGACCGUCAGUGAUUGGACAUCAUUCCACAGGGAUUCCACUCCAGAGGCUUCUUUAAAGACUCUUUUGGAUUUAGUGAAAUCUCUCAAGUCAGCUCCAGAAGAUCCAGCGUUUAUUUCUUUAGCCUCCGAAGAAAACCUGAGACACCAGUGGAAGAUUCUUCAGUCAAAAUCCGAUAAGACUUCUUUGAAACUCUAUGGUGUGCCAAUCGCUGUUAAGGAUAACAUAGACGUUCUUGGUUUUGAGACUACAGCAGCAUGUCCUGCUUAUGCUUACAAGCCUACCAGUGAUGCCACAGCAGUAAGUUUACUACGGGAAGCUGGUGCGAUUGUUAUUGCCAAGACCAACUUGGAUCAAUUUGCUACCGGCUUGGUCGGUACGAGAUCACCUUACGGUGUCACUCCAUGCACUUUCAGCGAUAAGCAUGUUUCCGGAGGUUCCUCUGCAGGUUCUGCUUCUGCUACUGCUAGAGGUAUUGUACCACUAGCUCUUGGUACUGAUACUGCGGGUUCUGGCCGUGUUCCUGCUGCCCUAAACAACUUGAUAGGUCUUAAGCCCACAAUUGGUUCCGUUUCGACAGCUGGUGUCGUUCCUGCCUGCAAAUCAUUGGACUGCGUCUCUAUUUUUGCACUUGAUUUAAGCGAUGCUCAGAUUGCUUACAAUAUUUGCGCUAAACCUGAUAAAGAACGCUGCGAGUAUUCGAGAGAACUUCCAGCAAACCCUAUUAGGCACUUUUCUCCAAAUCCUCGUGUUGCAGUUCCUGCCGACAUGGCCGGUAAAUGGUAUGGUGAUACAGAGAAUCCUAAAUUAUUUUCUAAGGCGAUCAGCACUAUGGAGGCUACUGGAGCUAUUGUGGUUCCAGUGGACUUUUCUCCACUCUUGGACUUGGCAAAAUGUCUUUAUGAAGGUACCUGGGUUGCUGAGAGAUGGGCAGCUACAAGAGAAUUUUUUGCCACAAAUCCUCCAGAGGCAUCGCUUGAUAAAACCGUUGCUUCAAUCAUUAGGGGUGGUGCGAAGUAUGAUGCCGCUACGGCCUAUGAAUACGAGUAUAAACGUCAUUCCAUCCUCAACAAGGUCUCCGAAGUUUUCAAGGAUAUUGAUGCUUUGAUGGUUCCAACGUGCCCAUUGAAUCCUACUAUUGUGUCUGUUCAGAAGGAACCAGUGCUUGUGAAUUCACAACAGGGAACAUGGACGAACUUUGUGAAUUUGGCGGAUAUGUGUGGUCUUGCAAUUCCAGUAGGAUUCAGGGAAAAGGACGGAUUGCCAAACGGUGUUACUCUUCUUUCAAAGGCAUUCAAUGAUUAUGCGAUCUUAGAUCUUGCAUCUCGCUUUUUCAAGACUCUCUAUCCCGAGGGAAACAGACCAGUUGGCCAUAUCGCUGGCAAACUUGCUGGCAUUUCCGAUGAAUUGGACCCAGAUGUUCCUUCAGCCGAUUUAUCGUCAUCUUUGAAACUCGCUGUUGUUGGUGCUCAUUUAAACGGCCAGCCUUUGCACUGGCAGUUGGAGAAAGUGCAGGCAGUGUUUCUACAGAAAACAAAAACAGCAGCCAAGUACAAGUUGUACGCUCUUCCGAACUUCAAACCCGGUGCUUUGGCUAGACCCGGCCUAAGAAGAGUUGACCCUGAGUCAGAAGGGGGUGCAGGUGCAGUCGAAAUUGAAAUAUAUGCUAUUCCAUUGGAGAAUGUCGGUAAAUUCUUAGCAAUGAUUCCAUCACCAUUGGUGAUUGGUGAUGUUGAGACCGCUGAUGGUCAACAUGUUAAGGGUUUCCUUUGUGAGGAGGCUGGCUACAAGACCAAGGGUGCCAUUGAUAUUACUGCAUUGGGCGGCUGGAGAGGAUACGUGGAUCGUGCCUUUAGUGACACCGGUAAGGACACUUCAGGCAAAAGAAAGAAGCCUUUUGAUACUGUUCUUAUUGCCAACAGGGGUGAAAUUGCUGUUAGAAUAAUUAAGACUUUGAAAAAACUUGGUAUCAAAUCUGUUGCCAUCUAUUCCGACCCUGAUAGAUACUCAGAACAUGUUUUGAUGGCAGACGUUGCCAUUCCACUUCACGGAACUUCCUCUGCGGAGACAUACAUAAACAUUGAAAAGGUGGUGAAGGCAUGCAAGGAAUCUGGUGCAGAGGCUGUUAUCCCUGGUUAUGGUUUCCUCAGUGAGAACGCUGAUUUUGCAGACCGAAUUGAAGCUGAGGGUAUGACAUAUGUUGGUCCUACCGGUGACUCGAUCAGAAAGCUUGGCUUGAAGCAUUCUGCCAGAAAAAUUGCCGGAGCCGCCGGCGUUCCAUUAGUUCCUGGAUCUGGGUUGGUCUCUUCAUCCAUUGAGGCUAAGAGGAUUGCAGACAAAAUUGGAUAUCCAGUUAUGGUUAAGUCUACUGCUGGCGGUGGAGGUAUUGGACUACAAAAGGUUGACUCUCCUGAGGAUAUCGAAAGGGUUUUUCAAACUGUUCAACACCAAGCAAAGUCAUUCUUUGGCGAUGCCGGUGUUUUCUUGGAGAAGUUUGUUCAGCACGCUAGACACGUUGAAAUCCAAAUGUUUGGUGAUGGUAGAGGUAAUGCUAUUGCAAUUGGUGAAAGAGACUGCUCGUUACAGAGAAGAAACCAGAAAAUUAUUGAAGAAACUCCCGCACCAAACUUACCGGAGGAUACUCGCCAGAAGAUGAGAAAGGCGGCAGAGCAGCUCGGUGCUCAUAUAAAAUACAGAUGUGCAGGUACUGUUGAGUUUGUGUAUGAUGCUGCUAAGGACGAGUUCUAUUUCUUGGAGGUCAACACACGUCUUCAGGUGGAGCAUCCAAUUACCGAAACCGUUACCCACCUUGAUUUGGUUGAGUGGAUGCUUUACAUUGCUGCAGGCGAUCCUCCAGAUUUCAAUAGGAGUAUCACCAUCGAUGGUGCUUCUAUGGAAGCUCGGUUGUAUUCUGAAAAUCCAGUAAAGGGAUUUAUUCCAUCACCUGGAACCCUUACCGAAGUCAAAUUCCCUUCAUGGGCCCGUGUCGAUACUUGGGUGAAAACUGGUACUGUUAUCUCAGCUGAGUACGAUCCUACGUUAGCAAAGAUUAUUGUUCACGGUCGUGACAGAAUGGAUGCUUUGAAAAAGUUACGUCAAGCAUUGAAUGAAACUGUGAUCUUUGGUGUUGUCACAAAUAUUGAUUAUCUUCGUUCCAUUGCGAACUCGGCAAUGUUUGAAAAUGCGCAGAUGUUUACCAAGGUUCUAGACACGUAUGAUUACGAACCAAAUGCUUUCGAGAUUACUGCUCCUGGUGCAUAUACUACUGUUCAGGAUUACCCUGGCCGUGUUGGUUACUGGCACAUUGGUGUUCCCCCAUCGGGCCCUAUGGAUUCAUACUCGUUCAGAUUAGCCAAUAGGGUUGUGGGAAACCAUUACAAAGCACCUGCAAUUGAAAUAACUUUGAAGGGUCCUUCCAUUUUGUUCCAUCAUCCUACUGUUAUUGCCAUUACAGGAGGUGAGGUUGAAGUUAAGUUAAAUGAUGAGUCCGUCAGCAUGUACGAGCCAAUUCAGGUGAAGAGAGGUGAUAGAUUAUCUAUUGGUAAACUUGUUUCAGGCUGUAGAUCAUAUUUGGCCGUUAGAGGUGGAAUUGAUGUUACAACUUAUCUUGGAUCGCGGUCGACCUUUGCACUUGGAAAGUUGGGUGGUUACAAUGGUCGUGUUCUCAAGGUGGGAGAUGUCUUAUUCUUAGGCCAACCAGGCAUUCCUGCAUGUACUUUGCCUGCUCCAGUGUCUGCUCCUAAGGCUGCUGAAAAGUCUCUUGUUCCGAUUUUUGCUCCCGCUGAUACUAAAACAUGGGAGGUUGGUGUUACCUGCGGUCCUCAUGGUGCACCUGACUUCUUUAAGUCGGAGUAUGUUACAGAGUUCUUUACCUCCAAGUGGAAGGUGCACUAUAACUCGAACAGAUUUGGUGUGAGAUUGGUUGGUCCAAAGCCUAAGUGGGCAAGAAAGAAUGGUGGUGAAGGUGGCCUUCAUCCUUCGAAUGCUCACGACUACGUCUACUCUUUAGGAGCCAUAAACUUUACUGGUGAUGAACCCGUGAUUCUUACUUGUGAUGGUCCAUCUUUGGGUGGCUUUGUUUGCUUCGCUGUUGUUGUUGAGGCUGAGAUGUGGAAGGUUGGCCAGAUGAAACCCGGAGAUCUUAUUCACUUUGUCCCUAUGAGUUUCGCCGAUGCAAUCAAGGAGAGAAAAGCCAUGGAUGCUGUUAUUGAUAACUUGGCUGGGGAAAUGCCAACUUUGAACAGUUCUCUUCCUGCUCCAGAGAAGCCUGUCCUCGCUACCUUCAAACCAUCCUCAUCUGCACCCCUUGUCACCUACAGACAAGCUGGUGAUCGUUACAUUCUCGUGGAAUAUGGUGAUAAUACGAUGGAUCUUAAUAAAUCAUAUCGUGUUCAUAAGCUCAUUGAAAUGGUUCACACCCACAAGACUCUUGGUAUAGUAGAAAUGUCGCAAGGUGUUAGAUCUGUUUUAAUUGAAUUCAGCGGUCUAAAAAUUGAUCAAAAGGUAUUAGUUCAGACACUUAUUGCUUAUGAGGCCGAGGUUGUUUUCACUAACCGCUGGUCGGUUCCUUCUAAGGUCGUCCACUUACCGAUGGCCUUUGAAGACUCGAAGACUCUGGGUGCAGUUAACAGGUACAGGGAAACAAUUAGGUCAUCUGCUCCUUGGCUUCCAAAUAAUGUUGACUUCAUUGCUAAGGUUAACGGAAUUACUCACAAGGAUGUCGAGAAUAUGCUUUACUCUGCAAGAUUCCUUGUCUUAGGUUUGGGUGACGUCUUUCUUGGUGCCCCAUGUGCAGUUCCACUUGAUCCAAGACAGAGGUUCUUGGGUUCCAAGUACAAUCCUUCUAGAACAUAUACACCACCAGGUACUGUUGGUAUUGCUGGUAUCUUCAUGUGCAUAUAA